AUUCAGUUUUCGAGAUUGUUGUUCUUAACUUCAUCAUUUAUAAUUUAAUUGUAAUUCAUUAUUCAAUAUAUUAAGUUUAUACUUGAUUCGCAACUUGUAAUCUGGGAAACUAUUUUAAUUUUUAAUUGAUGAAAUAAAAAGCGACCAAAGGCCACUGUGAAAUGAUAUCAUUGUUCUGUUUAAAGUUUUUGUCUUAUUGUGAAGUGUAGUGUCUAUAUAUAUUCUACCUUUGUCUGGUUACUGUUUUUGUAAAUCUUGGUAAAAGAAUAAAAAUGGCUAUUUUCUUUAGUGUUGUUGCAAGAGGCACAGUAGUGCUGGCAAAAUAUGCCACAUGUGCUGGUAAUUUUACAGAAGUUACUGAACAAAUUUUGUCAAUAAUACCACCCCACGAUGACAAACUCACCUAUUCACAUGGAAAUUACCUGUUCCAUUACAUUGCGGAGAAUAAAUUGGUUUAUUUUUGUAUUACUGAUGAUAAAUUUCAAAGGUCUAGAGCUUUUCUCUUCUUAAACGAGAUCAAAAGAAGGUUCACUUCUGCAUUUGGGGACACAGCUCAGACUGCAAUUCCAUAUGCAAUGAAUAGUGAAUUUUCAAGAGUUUUGGCAACAGAGAUGAAGCACUACAGUGAAUCAAAAGACUUAGAAACCAUAUCUAGAGUUCAUGGAGAGCUUGAUGAAUUGAAGCAAAUCAUGGUUAAAAAUAUUGACAGCAUGGCAAUGAGAGGUGACAGAUUAGAGCUACUCAUUAACAAAGCUGACAAUUUGGCAACAAGUUCAGUGACCUACAGGACAUCGGCCAGAACUCUACAACGCUCACUGUUCUGGAAAAACAUAAAGAUGUAUGCAAUAGUGGCUAUUAUCUUCGGGUUUGCUAUUUACCUGAUAGGAGCGAUGGCCUGUGGGGGUCUAGCUUGGAGAUCUUGUACCGGCUAAUUUCGAUGUUAUUUGCUCAUCCAAAACAUUGGCAUCACACGCAGUUACAAGCAGACAUUGGAUACAAUACCUUAUUGUUUUGUUAAAAUAUAAUGUUAUCAUCUUAUAUAAUUUAUACGUCUAGAUAGAGUCUCUUGCUAGACACCUGAUAUAAACAGGCCAGGUUUAUUACUUUAGUGUGUGGCAUGCUAGGUCUUACACUCCUGAUUUGUGUGUCACUUUGUUUAGGUGUGCGCGCACUGCUCAAAAUAGAGGUUGACAGUCAAUUUUUUCGUCGUUUUCACAGCUGUCAUAGUCUAUCUAGACGUAUAAAUGAUCUGAGGUUUUAUUGUAAGAAGUUUUGGUUGAGACUUGAGAUAUGAGGUGAUUGUUAAUGAUACUGAUUUUUAGUGUUCCAAAUUUGGUUAAGACUUAAAAUUAUAUUAUUCUCACUAAAUUGUAUCGUAUUUUAUAACAUAUAUCAAUUAUUUUUCCAAAUUUUGUUUAAAUAGUAAUUGCAGAGUUCGUUAAAAUUUAAUUGAAUUAAUUGAUUUUUUUAAAUAAUACUUAUAAUAGUUUUAUUCCGGCUGAUAAAUCAUAGUAACAGGGGAUUUACAGAUCCUAACCAUACAGUAACGUUAAAUUAAGCAGUAGAAUCCUUUGAAGUAAUUCGGAACAGAAUUUUAAACUAUUGUGAAGAAUGAUGAACACAUCCGCGGUACUUUAACGGCCGUUCCCAAUAUUCAGUCUAUCUCUUACUUGAGAUAUAAAUCGUAACCAUCGUUGACUUUUCUGUCCCAAUAAACUUAUCGACGUUAACUCACCUUAUCCGUGCACGUUGUCUGUCAAUGGGACGACGUAUAGCUUACCAGCGAUAAUAGUUUGUGUCGCAAUUGCAAUUCACGCGUCCAAAUAUAAGGCGAUAAGAAUGACUUAUCGGGUAUAUUGGGACAGCUUCAGAUUAUUGACAGCUAAUUACUGACAGUAGAAGGUAGUAAUUUAUCUCUAUCUGUGGAUAGUAUAUUGGGAACGGCCGUUAGUGUCAGGCUAAUCCCAGAAAUGCUGUUGGAGACUAGAUUGAGAUGGUACGGGCAUGUCAUGAGGUGGCCAAUAGAUAAUAUGACCAAGAGAGUACUAGAUAUUAACACCGGACCAAGAGGACACGGAAAACCCCUAUUAACAUUUGACCUGUAAAUGCAGAGAAAUUAGCUAAAGGCUGAGAAAAAUGAUCAAAUGUAAUAGUAAUUUUGACACAUUGUUACAUAUUUCCAAACCACAAUCAUGUUGAAAUUGAGUUAAGAACACAAAACUGGUCACGUGAUUAAUAUUAACGGACUGCCCAAAAAUGGCAGCCCUCUUUAAAUGACAUUAUGACUUAGUAGCCCAACCCACAUGCAUGGAAUAUACUGAUAUUUAUUAAACUUUAAACACGAAUUCCUUAAAAUGUGAUGUCUGUGGCUUGGAACGUUUUUCAGGAACUACGUCCAAUUAUUACUAUUACACAAAUGAAAAUUGGUCACGAUUUUUCUGUCUGUCAGGUGGUCUAAACGAUAUUUAGCCUUUUUAACAAACAUUACACCAUUACAACAAUGUAGACCAUCAAAUUAAAUAGUUUAUUGGUUGAGGUAGCCAGCCCUGUGUAUAAAUUAUAAUAAGAAAAAAGGAUUUUAGAGUUGAACAAUGAGGUUUUAUGUUUAUCUUACACAAGUAGAACCGUAGAUUAAGGAUUGGUCUCGGCUGCGCUGCGACUAGUUACCGCACUACCUAAGAACAAUAGCUUUUUUAUUACGGCAACUAUUAGAUUCUUGUGUGCGUGGCAUCUUGACGCUCAAUGGCAUCUUUGUAGCAUACGCUUCGUGUGACUUUACAUUGGAAUUAAUAAAAUAUAAAAUACUUACUGAUGAUAUGUGAUCCCAGUGUCUUUAUUAUUUCUUGUAUUAUUUUAACCAAGUUUUACUACGCAACCCGGCAUUUUAGUUUCAAAUAUUAGCAAAGUUUAACAGAACAUUUGGCACGUCAACGUCACACAUUGUUUGAGACUGGCUCGAGUACGCCCACUUGGGCGUAGUAUCAGUUGCCGCACUUUGUGACUACGCCUGCGUUAUCUAGUUGCAGCGCAGCGGAGACUAAAUCCUUAAUCUAAGUUGAUAUUCAUAACAAAAACAGGUUUUAUUUGAUUAAUUAUUUAGUGUAGAUAUUUUAAGAGUGUUAAUUUGAUUAAGUUAAUAUUACAGAUACAUAUAUUGGAUAGUGUUACAUAUAUCUUAAUAUUUUGACAAUAUAUAAUGUUAUGAUAUUUGAAAGCAUUUAGAAUAAAACAUUUUAUAUACCACAUUAUAGUUGUUUAUUUGUGAUUAAGAUAUUCAUAUUAUUUUAGGCUUCAGCUAUUUCUAUGCUAUCAAUUUUAAUUUAUAAGUUACAUAUUUGUUGUUUUAAUUCGAGUAUUUUACUGAUUUUGAAUUUUUGAUUUGAGCACUUUCACACUCUAUUAAUUAUUAAAUACAACAAAAAUACAAAAAUGCAUAUCCAUACACGACUCGGAAACUAACCUCAGAUAAUUUAUACGUCUAGAUAGAGCAUGGCAUUGCAUGACAACAGGCCAGGUUUAUUACAUCAGUGUAUAUGACAAGUAACAAUCAAAUCUCUUUACCUUAAAGACAGAUUUGAGCUACUAGGGUCUCAGCAAGAGCUCCGCUGCUGCGAAACAAAUACUUAAUGUUCCUUUCCAUAAAUCUGAUAGCUAUCACUCUUCUUUCACCAUUAAUGCCAUCACUCUUUGGCAUCAACUACCGCUUAUUGUAUCCAUCAACAUAAUUCAGCAAUUCAGAAAUGUUAAUUAUUGUUUCGAUAUUUUAUUUACGUUUUCUUUUGCUUUCUUAUAUAUUUAUCUAUAUUUUAGUAUUGUAAGUAUAUAUUAUGUGUGUGUUUGUAUUUUUGACCCCUUUAAUGUACUGUCUUUCUUUUUUAUUGUAUUACAAAUGGUUGCCUGGAAGAGAUGACUGUAUGUAGUGAUAGGGCCGCCAUUUGCACCAUACGAUAUUUUAUGUAUGUGAGUAUUUAAGUAAUAUUUUGUUAAUGUGGUGUCAAAUAAGUGUAAUAACUAAAAUGACAGCUACGUCUUACACUAGAUACUAUACAGUUAAACACUAUAGAGGCUAACAGUUCGCCUCUAUUUUUUUUCCUGAAGUGUCAUAGCUGUCACAGUCUAUCUAGACGUAUAAAUUGUCGAAGGUUUGCACCUACCGGGAAAAGAACCCUUAAAGGUCAGGGCUAACUGGCAUUAUGUUCUCUUUUACAUCUUGUGGGUAUUUCGAAAUUUGUAUUGUAAGUACUUAGAUUUAUCCGUGAAUCCUAAGUAAAUAUACACUUAAUAAUAUUAUGUUAAUUAAUUAAUAAGUAAUAUUAUUUAAUAUCAUAUUCAACUCUUAAUAUAAUAUAUUAUAUUAUAUACAAUAGUUUUAAUAAACCAGUAUUCCAUCAUACUCAUGCAUUAGUCUGAUGUAGAAAUACUUUAGAUUUAUCAUAUUAUGUGUAUUAUAUAUUAUAGUAUUCUGAAUUAUAUAUAUUUAUAACCUACUUUUUAUAGUAUAGAAAAAGUGGAUGUUUAUAGAAUUCCGUUUAGUUUACUAAUUAUAUUAAUUAUUUUAUAUAGUAUCUGUUAUUACAACACGCACACAUAUCUGAAAACCCGGCUGCAACACAAUUUAAAACUUCUUUUUUUAAUAAAGCUAAAAUAAUACCACUAGUCGUGGAGGACAUAAAUUUACGGUCAUUGACCUAUUGCGUACACGUAUUUUUUUAUUUUUCUUGGUGCACGCAUGUGAUUGGCUCUCAAUAUUCCUUUAUAUUUAAUAUAGAAUUUUUAUUUCGGACAAUACAAUUUAAAUAAUAAAAUAAACUUAUAAAAUCCAUAAUCGAUAUGGCAACGUGAGAUGGACUUGUUUUGAGAACUUUAAAUUAUCCGUUUUGAAAUGUAUAUCUGAAAGGUUCUCCAAACUUGCCUUUAAGCCUGUACUAUUACUGUAUUGCUAAAAAAUGAAUUCCAGAUAUGUAGGUAUUAUUAUUAAAGACUAUUGUGAUAAAUCUCUAGACUAAGUAAUACUUGUGUACAUGUUAAUCGUCAAAUUAUGCAAUAAAAUUUUAGAUUAA